AUGGCAACGGCGGCGGGGCUGAAAUCGCGGGAGCCUCCACCGAGCACCGGCCGCGGGUCGGGACCGGAGCCCCGGGACUCCCUCACCGAGCACCGGCCGCGGGUCCGGAACGGAGCCCCGGGACUCCCUCACCGAGCACCGGCCGCGGGUCGGGACCGGAGCCCCGGGACUCCCUUACCGAGCACCGGCCGCGGGUCGGGAAAGGAGCCCCGGGACUCCCUCACCGAGCACCGGCCGCGGGUCGGGACCGGAGCCCCGGGACUCCCUCACCGAGCACCGGCCGCGAGUCGGGAAAGGAGCCCCGGGACUCCCUUACCGAGCACCGGCCGCGGGUCGGGACCGGAGCCCCGGGACUCCCUCACCGAGCACCGGCCGCGGGUCCGGACCGGAGCCCCGGGACUCCCUCACCGAGCACCGGCCGCGGGUCCGGACCGGAGCCCCGGGACUCCCUCACCGAGCACCGGCCGCGGGUCCGGACCGGAGCCCCGGGACUCCCUCACCGAGCACCGGCCGCGGGUCCGGACCGGAGCCCCGGGAUUUCUCACCGAGCACCGGCCGCGGGUCGGGAAAGAAGCCCCGGGAUUCCCUUACCGAGCACCGGCCGCGGGUCGGGACCGGAGCCCCGGGAUUCCCUUACCGAGCACCGGCCGCGGGUCGGGACCGGAGGGACCCUCCCCAGCCUGGAGCGCAGGCGGACCCCGGGACCGGCCCCCGCCUCCCCGCCCGUUUCCUCCCAAUGCAAAGAUGCCUCGAAACCUGGGAUUUGGGGGGUGGCAGCCGCUGAGUUCCUCUUCUGGCUUCAGCCUCGCUCCUCCCUUCCCCUCCCGCUGCAGAAUGACCCGUGGCACUUGA